CACAUGCACUUACAGCUACAGCUACAGCUGAUCCAUUAAUCAUUCUCAGUUAUUCCGAUGGCCAGUAUCAGCACUCUUCUGCUUUCCCUCCUCCUCAUCGGUUCCAUGGCGGCCGCCGCCGCCGAGGCCUCCGGCUUCCAGUUCGAAGUAGCGUGGAGAAAACCGACGGGGAUGGAGUCCGAAACCUACAACGAUUGGGCGGCGAGGAACCGCUUCCGCAUCGGAGAUUCCAUUCAGUUCAAGUACCAAAACGACAGCGUUUUGGAGGUGAGUCCGGCGGAUUACCGCCGGUGCGAAUCGUCCAAUCCGAUCUCGGAAUCGGACGACGGAGGGACGGUGAUGAAAUUUGAACGGUCAGGAUUGUUCUAUUUCAUCAGCGGGAAUUCCGACCACUGUCAAUGGGGGCAGCGCCUGAUCGUUCGGGUGAUGCACCUUUCCGAGGAGGAGAUUGCCGCGCCGGCUCCGGCGCCGGCGACUCACGGCGGGAUGGACUCCGGCGAGAAGGGGACGCCGGCGGCCAAUUCGACGGCGAAGAUCUCUGUGGUUUCGUACUUGGUUACUGCCUUUAUUGGGCUGUUUGUCGUAUUCUAUAUUUUCAUGUAGUCAGUCAGUAUUGCUUAUUAGUUUUUGUUUAGGGUUUAUAUUAAGAUUAUUUCGAGUUAGGAUAUUUUUAUUGAUUUUGAUUAUUGUAGUUUG